AUGCCUUUCCUCAACGUUUCCUACAAGCGUCUGCACUACACAGACUACCCGGCCGCAUCCGAUGCGACGAAGGGGACCAUCGUCUGCCACCACGGCCUUGGCAGCUCCCAAAACUUCUACACGCCUAUCGUGCCGCAGCUCACUCAGGCUGGCUUCCGGGUGAUCACCUUUGACACUACUGGCGCAGGGCGCUCGCAAUACACUCAGAUCGAACAAUCUGUCAACUCCCUCGCCGCCGAUGUGCUGGGCCUCAUCGACGCGUUGUCCGUCAAGGGCAAGGUCAUUGUGGCAGGACACUCAAUGGGCGGGAUGGUGGUCACCCACCUCGCCGCGGAGCACAGGGAUCGGAUUCAGGCCAUAGUUCUAAUCGGCCCUGUCUCUCCGUCGGAGGGGGUCUCCAAGGUCUUUGAGAAACGCAUCGAGACCGUUGAGAGGGAAGGCAUGGAGGCUAUGGCAAACACGAUUCCCACAGCUGCUACGGGAGCAAAUGCGGGCCCCCUGGUUGCAGCGUUCAUCAGAGAAUUGCUGUUGGGUCAGGAUAAGGCCGGAUACCUGUCGAAUUGCAGGGUCAUCGCGAAUGCCACGAGGCCAAGGUACGAGAAGGUCGAGUGCCCGGUGUUGUUGCUGGCUGGUGAGGAGGACAAGUCGGCGCCUCUGGAAGCGAGCAAGAAGAUGUUUGAGGAAUUUGGGACAGAGGGCUCAAGUAAGCGUCUCGAGGUCUUGAGUGGCGUUGGCCAUUGGCACUGCAUUGAGGCACCGGUGGUCGUAGGUGACAAAGUUCUGGAGUUCUUGAGCUAG